AUGCGUUGCGUAGCAGUCUUCCUCGCCGCUGUUGCAGUAUUGGCCUACGGCCAAGUGCAGAACUCUGGCUAUGAGAACGCCGAGCAAGUUCAGCCUGCUCCAGCCCCAGUGAGCGCCGAUGGUGGAGAUCAACAAGCCUACAACUCUGAUGCUGCCGCCCCAGUAGCUCCCGCUUCUCCUCCACCACCUCCUCCCCCACCGCCACCAUCACCACCCGCACCCGUCCGAGGCAGCUACGCAUCUCCACCUCCAGCUUCAUAUCCUCCUAUGCAAGGAAGUUACGGAACCUCUCCACCUUCACCUUCGUACCCUACAAUUGUCCCAAGCAGCACUUAUGGACCCGCAAGUGUUACACCAAUGACUGGCAACGGCUUGGGAUACAGAAUUCGCCGUCUUUUCCGCCAUCGUGCUCGCAAAGCUCGUCUCUGA